CUCUAUCAUCAACAUCAAAUUGUCAUACGUCGAUGUCAAAUUAGAAGGCGAUUCCCUGCGAUUGCGAUUCCCUGUUGGAAAAAUCUGAUGCAAUAAUUUUGAAGAAUAUUUGUUUGAAAUUGUUGACUUGGUGACUGAAAAUAAGAUAUAUUAUAACUAUACUGAUACUCAUUGAUACAGAAACAAGCAAAUAUGACAGAAGAGGAAGCAAUAUUUGAUCCAACCUUGAAAAAGAAGAAGAAGAAAAAGAAGACCGCUUUCGAUCUCGAUGCUGCACUAGCCGAUGGGGGCGGUGAAAAUGAAGCCCCAUCAAACAACACUGACGGUGGGGCGGCAGAUACCAAGUCAGAUGAAAAAGCCGAAGAAGACGAUGUGAAUGUCGACAUCGAUUUGGAUUUCACCAAAAAAAAGAAGAAAAAGAAGAAGCCAUUCAGUGCUGAUGAUCUGGAUGCUAUUGAGAGUAAAGAAGAGGGUGCAGGUGAAGGGGGCCCUCAGGAAGAUGGUAAUGUGGAUGACAACUUCGAUUUGGACAUGCUGGACUUCAGUAAAAGCAAAAAGAAGAAAAAGAAGAAGAAGGAUCUUGAUGAACUUAUGGCUGAAGCUGAGGAGAAGGCAGAGGAUAAAGAGAAUGGCUGCACAGUUGAGAUGGUUUCAGAAACAGUUGACGAAAAUUCGACCCAAUGGGGCAACUCAGACAGAGACUACACCUAUGAAGAACUGCUGAACCGUGCCUUUGAAAUCAUGAGGGACAAGAACCCUGAUAUGGCAGCUGGGAAGAAGCAGAAGUUUGUCAUGAGGCCCCCACAGGUAGUGAAGAUUGGCGCCAAGAAAACCUCUUUCGCCAACUUUACAGAGAUCUGCAAAAUGCUCCAUAGGCAGCCCAAACAUUUGUUGGAUUUCUUGCUGGCUGAAUUGGGUACCAGUGGGUCUGUGGAUGGUAACAGUCAACUUAUCAUCAAGGGCAGAUUCCAACAGAAACAGAUAGAAAAUGUGCUCAGAAGGUAUAUAAAAGAAUAUGUAACCUGCCACACCUGUCGAUCACCAGAUACCAUCCUUCAAAAAGACACCAGAUUAUUCUUCCUACAAUGUGAAACCUGCGGGUCUAGGUGUUCAGUAGCUAGCAUAAAGUCUGGUUUUCAGGCCGUUACAUCAAAAAGAGCUGCCAUCCGUGCGAAGACGGCUUGAGAAAAGUUGUAGGUAUCUUAAUACAAUUUAUUUUAUUUGGAAACUGAUAGCACUUCAAACGUCAGUUGUAAAGAUAUGGUAUUUUAUGUUUUAUUUGUAAUAUUGUACUAUACAAUUAGCUGAAUUGUUAAUAAAACCGAAAUAUCUAUAUAUUUAUCUGCGUUCACUAACACUCUGAUUUUACACAGAUUUUAUCAAUUGCAAUAAACUGUUUUUAUACUUU